UGGCCCCGCGCGGGCGCUGCCACCCCGAGCGUUCCAAGGUUCCGCCGCUCUGUGACAUCACCCCGGCGCGCUGGCACCGCGGGCAGCGCCAGGGCCGUGGUGCCACCAGAGGUGACAGCUGUGCUCUGGCUCUGCCACCUGCGCUGGCACCGAUGGCUUUGCUGGGGCUGCUCGUCCUGCUGGCCCUGGCCGGGCCCGCGGGGGCCACCUGGGACACCUGCAGAGGCACCUGCGGGCUGCGGCCCUUGGCCUUCGACCACAGCUCCGUGGCUGCCAACUACGGCCCCUCCGAGGGUGACUACGCCACCUUGGGCUCUUCUGGUGUCGCCUCCCUCGACAUGGAUAGCCCCGGUGUCCCCUCAGGGACCUGGCCUGGCAUCGUCAGCGUCCAGGCCACCCUGGAGAACGGCACGUGGCACAUGUGCUCGGGGGCACUGAUCCACCCCCAGUGGGUGCUCACGGUGGCCCAGUGCUUCUUCAGGUCUGGGGACAUCUCCAUUUACACGGUGGUGAUGGGGGCCACGGACGUGGGGCAGCCGGGCCCCGAGGCCGCGGUGAGGCGCGUCAAGAGGCUCCUGAAGCACCAGAACUACGUGGCUGCCACGGCCAUGAACAACAUUGCCCUGCUGGAGCUGGAGCAGCCCGUGGAGUGCAGCGAUUACGUCCAGCUGGGCUGCGUGCCCGAGAGCUCCCUGGCAGUGCCCGAGCUGAAAACCUGCUACGUGGCGGGCUGGAGAGCCACCCCGGACAGCGCCCCCAGCCCACGCCUGGUGCUGCAGGAGGCCAAGGUGCGGCUCAUCGACGUCCAGCUGUGCAACAGCAGCCGCUGGUACGGGGGGGCCGUGCACCCCCAGGACCUGUGCGCGGGGUACCCGCGGGGCGGCAUCGACACCUGCCAGGGGGACAUCGGGGGUCCCCUGGUCUGCAAGGACCACGUCGGUGACUACUUCUGGCUGGUGGGCCUGGCCAGCUGGGGCAAGGGCUGUGUUGGAGAGAAGCGGCCGGGGGUGUUCACCUCCACGCAGCACUUCCGAGGAUGGAUCCAGGUGCAGAUGGGAAUGGCCGCAGCCGACGCGAGCCGCUCGCCGACAGAGCCAGCCCCGACCCACGCCCCGAGCCCCAUCCUGUCCCCAACCCCACCCCUGACCCUCACUGUCAUCGAGACGCCACCGCAGCCGGAGUCGGAGACCUCCAUAACGAUUUCAUUCCCAAAAUCCGUCCUGCUGGCGUUCCACGCGAGCCUGCAGAAGUUCCUGAAGUUCCUGAGGGACGAGCUGCGUUGAGCAGGAGGGGCGGCAGACCCCGAUCUGGCUGCGGAGGAU